AGAAAUUAAAUCAUCGGAAGCCAAAGUCUUUGCUCGUGAAAUAUGGAUAUCGGAAAGAAGAAUCAGAGUCAGAACCCUAAACCCAGUCCUGAAAUCGAAGGUUUGCUGUGGUGACGAGAAAGAAAUCGAGGAAGGGGAAUAAGGGUAGAACGUAAGGGGAAGAAGGAAGUGCAUCAAUCAUCGAUCUAAGCCCAGCCCCGGAAUCGAAGGUUUGUUGUGGUGGCGAGAAAAAAAUCGAGGAAAGGGAACAAUUCAUUCGACUCGAUUUGAUGGGAUUAUCUUCCGGCAAAAACUAUGGUCUGGCUUCUCAAACACACAUAGCGCGGUUCAAGAUUCGUGCUGCUCUCUUGGCAAGCUAUCACCGUAACGAGGUAAAGAAGCAGUAUCUGUGUGAAAUGUGGGUGCCAAGUGGAUCUUUUUACCCAAAACGGCCUUUUCAAACGAAGGAGAAUGGUUUUGUAGUUGAUCAUACACUGACUUCUGGGCUUAUAGAUAUGAAAUUUGUUUUAUAUUUGUCAGCUUCAGGUGGUCCUGCUCGUGAGAAUGUUGCCCAACCUGAGAACUCUGUCAUUUCAAGUAGAACAUCAAAAAGCAAGCUGUUUUCUCGAGCUUCCCAAGAAGAGAAGAGUUACAAGUCAGAGCCUCAUAGCGAUGGACAAAAAUCAUCUGCUGAUUAUCAUGAAGAUCAUCUCUGGUUCAAACAACUUUUACCCUGAAUCUGAUCAUAUCUAUCAAGGAUGGACAAGCUAGAGCAGGAACAACAUGGUCGAAGUUUUGCAACAGAGAAAUGUUUCUUAAUGACAUCAAAGAUAUGUCUCUCUUCUCUUUGCUUUUUCAUUUCAUUAAAACGUGGAUUAGUUUAUAAGAAACCAGAUUAGAUUUACAGUGGUUGUUAAACUAACAGGACAUGUAUCCAGUCAUUUUUGAUCGUCAGAGAUUACUAUGUUCAAAUUGUUUCUACAACUAAUGUAGAUCAAUCAGUUUCUUAUUAGGAACUUAAAUGAUAAUUGUGUUAGAAAUAGUAAAAUGAAAAUAACUUUGGAUCUAACCCAAACUUGUUGUUGUCUUUUAAUGUUUCAUGUUAAAACUGAGAAAACUAAGAGAUGCCGAGAGAAGAGAUGGAAAAACUAAGGGAAGAAGCAGAAUCUAGCAAAAGCCACUUGCUUCAGGCGUCGGGUUGCUUAUCUUCAUUGAACAGACUUGUGGCUGAGGAAGCUGCUCGUGGGCAAUGGAAUCUCUAUGUCGGAGAAGAGAUUAUCGUCUUCAGGGGGAAACAUGAGAAUCGUGCAACUCCUUUUUCUUUUUUUGGCUAACCUGAUGUUCUUCUUGUGCAGGCUUAACUUUGGAUACAAUACAGAGGAAGUUCGUGGGAAAAAUAAUAGAAAAUGCCAAAAUUAUUAUCACAAAUACACAAACACGAAUCAUCACCACAAAAACCAUUAUCUCAGAAACCAAAAACUUUAAAAUCACAAAACAAAACACGAAUCAUCAUCACAAAACAAACACAAAUCUCAACAUGAAAAACCAUAAUUAUUUCAAACAAAAAGUUACACAACUAACACGUCACGCAAACAAAAUUACAAAACACCAAAAGCGAAAUCUCAAACACAAGCUAUUUACCUCUCUAUCUCUAUAUUUUGUAGAUUACCGUUUUUCGAAUAUUUUGUAAUUAUAUUUAUUUUAUAAUAUUUUAUUUGAGUGAUUUCUGUUUUGCAAGUUGUAAUUUUGUUUGCAAUUUUUUUUGUAUUCUAACUCAAAUUCUCAAUGCUAUAAUCUGAUAUUAAUUUAACAAAUGCAGCAUGAGUGUGUAUAUUCUCAUAUGUUCAUGUUGUGAUUAUUCUCUAUCUCUAUUUCUCUCUCAUUUUUUUCCGAACACAACAGUUUCGUCUUUAUUAGUUGUAGUGCUUGUGUAUGUGUAAAAGCAUAUAUAAUAUAUUUGAAAAACUUGUCUGCUUUCUUCGUUAAAAUCCAGCUUCACUUACGAUUAUUAACACAAUUUGCUUGUAAUAUAAGAUACACUUGAUCCAUAACUUGAUAAACUCUUACAAAAAAAAGUUUUUCUAUUUAUGCCAUGGUGUUAUGGUAUGAGCACGAUUUCUGCCUCAUAUCAUGUUUGGGCAACAAUGAGAGAUAAGAAACAAUUCUGAUAAUUUAUGUAAUAUCUAUAAUUUAUGUUUGUCUUGACUCGUGAUUACUGAAACCCCAAAACCACAUACCAAUAGUAUUCUCUUUAAUGUAUGAACCAAUGUCUCUUUGACUCUUUCAAUAGAUAGGUGAAGACGAGAAAAAAAGGAAGCAAAUAUGACUUAAAUAAAUAAGUGUGAAGAAGGUUCUUCUUGUGAGUUUCGUGUUCAGAUGUGCAGCUAAUCUCACCAAUGUCAUAAAGUCUUAGAACAGUGGCUAAACAAAUCUUCCAGAGUUCUUGAGCCUAGAAUCAAAUUAGCCAAUUAAUCGGACUUAGUGUCCACAUUCUUCCUAGCAGCCCUUGCAUUGUCAUAUUCGAACUUCAACACAUCAGGAAUAUGCGAAGUAUCCUUCACAGAGAGCAUCCUCCCUAAUGCACUCUCCUCAAUCACCGGAAAGUAUGGAUACAGAACAGAAUUCACCACCCAGAACCAGCUGGCGCCGACAACCGCCCCUAGCGCCGCGCCGGCGAAGACCUGCGCCACCGUGUGGUAGCCCAAGUAAACCCUAGAAUACAUGGUAACGAGAGCUAGGGACCAGUGGAGGAGAUUGAGGACCCAUCUGCUCUUUAGGCCGAACCAGAACCCGAUCCCUUUACACGCCAUGAGGCUGAAGUAGGUGGCGAAGAAGAACAUGAACUGCGAGUGGCUGGAAGGCCAUCCGUGCGAAUCGCAAGCCUCGAGCAGCGUGCAGGUCUCGGGGCGAGCCUGUUCUACGGAUGUCUUGAUAAACUCGUUGAUGAACUGCGAGAUCACGAGACCUACGCCGAAGAAGAUCCCCUGAAGCUCGCGGCGGAAGAGGAAAUGGGAGACGAAUCCGCCGAGGCUGAUGAAGACCGGGACGAGGGAGAUCCAGGCGAGGAAAUGCCCGAGCUGAUCGCCGCGACGGUACCGGACGUGGGUGAGAGUUACGGCCUUGAGCUGCUGAGGUAGGUCCAUUAGAGGUGCUGAAUCGAGCGAGGAAGAAAAUCGAGAGAGAAUCUGGCUUUGAUUUUCACAGGUUUCUUCUUCGAAUUCUCCAGAAUUUGUUUUUGUUUUUCUGUUUUCUCGACUGAGAAAGUGACGGAAAAGUGGAUGAGAAAAGGCCAGAGGGGUGAAAUUAAAUUAGGAGGUUUUCAACAUUGUGGAUGCGUGACACAUUACAU